AGAGCAUUCUUGCAGUUUCAGCCACACCACUGCUUUCCUGGCGAAUGGAAUACAUGAGUCUACACAUUCUCUUGUGUGUACAAAUCUGAAAUCAUCUGAGAUUUAUUUGUGCACCCUGGAGUGUGUUGGACCACCAUGAGGGGCAAGCUGGAGAUACUGGCCAUGGUGUUCGGCAUGCUCGGCCUGGUUGGCGUGGCGACCAGCACCGGCCUGCCCAUGUGGCGGGUCACGGCCUUCAUCGGCUCCAACAUCAUCGUCAUGGAGACGAUGUGGGAGGGCCUGUGGAUGGCGUGCUACCGGCACGCCGACAUCCGGAUGCAGUGCAAGGUCUACGACUCGCUGCUCGUCCUCAAGCCGGACAUCCAGGCGGCCCGCGGCCUGAUGUGCGCCGCCCUCGUCCUCGCCUGCGUCGCCCUCCUGGUCUCCGCCUUCGCCCUGCGCUGCACCAACUGGUGCCGCGACGACGCGCGGGGCAAAAACGUCACGCUUGCCGCAGGAGGCUGCCUCUACCUGCUGUCCUGCCUGGCCGCGCUCGUGCCCGUCAGCUGGAGCGCUCACACCAUCAUUCGGGACUUCUACGACCAGCGGGUGCCGGAGUCGCAGAAGCGGGAGCUGGGACAGGCGCUGUACGUGGGCUGGGUGGCGGCGGCGGCGCAGCUGGUGGCCGGCGCCCUGCUGCUGGCCCGCUACGCCCGCCGCAGCAGGAAAGAGGACACUGAGUACGCCCACGCUCCGCCAACGGAGAACGAGGACGAGGCAGAGGCGGUAGUGGUGGUGAAACCAGAGAGGCAAGCGUCAACUCUUUACCGCGAGAGCGAAUAUGUUUGAACAGGCAGGAGGGAGGGAGACAAUGCCAGAGAUAGUCAAAUUUCACCAUUCUUAUUGUUAAUAAGUUCAAACAUUUACAAUAUUUUGCUGUUUUUCUUAUUGUCACCAAUAAGUAUUUAUUGCUCUCUGUUUACUGUAUGCAAAACUUUUCAUUAAAAGCACUUUAAGGAAGCCUCUCUUUAUGCUUGUUUGUUAUUGUCAGAUCUAAUAAAUCACUU